AUGUCUAGUAACAAAUCAUAUUAUGAAAUUUUGGGAAUCGAUACGACUACUGACGUUAAUGGGUUGAAAAAAGCUUACAAGGAGAAGCUAUUAAGUAUCCAUCCAGAUAAGAACCGUGAUAGCAGCCAACUGGGUGUAACUAUAGAUGAUUUACAGCGAGCAUAUCAAGUACUAGUGGACAGUGAUCUACGUGCCAAUUACGAUAAAGAACUGGAAGAAUCGUAUAAAAAGCAAGGAUUUCAUAAUAAUGGAGAGGGUUUGGACGAAUACUCACUAGAUGAGUUCUAUUUCGAUCCAGCGACAGGAUUUUAUUGUUUAGACUGUCCCAGAUGUCAAAUGUCGAGAGGGUUCGAGAUCAGUGAGGAAAUGUUAGAGGAGCACUGCAUUGAAAGAAAUAGCGGAGGUUUUCACGUUGUAGUGCAGUGCUCAGCUUGUAGUUUAUGGUUAAACGUGAAUUUUGAUGUGGUAGAGGAGUACGAGUCUACGUAA